AUGUCUAAACCAACCAUCGUCAUUGUCCCCGGCUCCUUCACCUCAGCAUCCGCCUACGAAACUCUCGCAUCCAUCCUCACCAAACAGUACAGCUACGAAGCCAUCGUCGCCCCUCUGCAAUCCACUGCUCGCGCACCUCCCGAAAAUCCAGCCACAAUGCAAGAAGAUGCAGCCUACUUCCGCGGAAUCAUCGAAGCGCUCUCAAGUCAAGGCAAAGAUGUCGUCGUGGUUGGACAUUCCUACGGCGGCAUUGUAGCUACUGAAGCUGUCAAGCAAGUCACAAAACCCGAGCGUCAGGAACGGGGAAAGAGCGCAGAUGGUGUUGUCGGAGUUGUUUAUGUGGCUGCUCUUGUGGCUCAGAUUGGCGAGCCGGCGAUUAAGGUGAUGGGAGGGCAAUUGGGCGCGGUUAUAAAGAUUAUGGGAGACUACAUGUACUUCGAUACAGAAGCCGGUGCCCCCUACCUUUAUGCAGGUCUGCCAUCGACCGAAGAGGCCCUGGAAGCAGGUCGGAAAUACACGACAAUCCAUUCCACUGCAAGUUUCUUGGAUCGGGCUACGAAUGCUGCGGUCGACCAUGUCCCUGUGACGUACAUACAUACCGAAAAGGACACUAUUGUUCCUCUGGAAAGACAAAACGAAAUUGUGGAGAACCUCAAGUCGAGGAAUGCGAAGAAGGUAUCUACGAUUACCAUCAACGAAGGUCAUAUGCCGCAAACCCUAGCCCCGGACGUAUUGGCAAAGGCUAUUGUUGAAGCGAUUACUCAGUCCUUGGGUGAAUGA